CGACUUCCGGCGUGGAGAGGCGGGGCUGUGCGUGGCUGAGCCCGCAGCCGGACCGUGAGGAGCACGGCUGAGGGCCCGCUGGGCGCUGGCCGCCAUGGAGGCCGUGCCCCGCAUGCCCAUGAUCUGGCUGGACCUGAAGGAGGCCGGCGACUUUAAUUUCCAGCCCGCCGUGAAGAAGUUUGUCUUGAAGAAUUAUGGAGAGAACCCAGAAGCCUACAAUGAGGAACUGAAGAAGCUGGAGUUGCUCAGACAGAAUGCCAUCCGCGUUCCCCGGGACUUUGAGGGCUGCAGCGUUCUCCGAAAGUACCUCGGCCAGCUGCACUACCUGCAGAGCCGUGUCCCCAUGGGCUCAGGGCAGGAGGCUGCGGUCCCUGUCACCUGGACCGAGAUCUUCUCAGGCAAGUCCGUGGCCCACGAGGACAUCAAGUAUGAGCAGGCCUGUACCCUGUACAACCUCGGCGCGCUGCACUCAAUGCUGGGGGCUGUGGACAAGCGGGUGUCAGAGGAGGGCAUGAAGGUCUCCUGCACCCACUUCCAGUGCGCAGCAGGCGCCUUCGCCUACCUGCGGGAACACUUCCCACAGGCCUACAGCGUGGACAUGAGCCGACAGAUUCUCACUCUCAAUGUCAACCUCAUGCUGGGCCAGGCACAGGAGUGCCUACUGGAGAAGUCAAUGCUGGACAACCGAAAGAGCUUCCUGGUGGCCCGCAUCAGCGCACAGGUGGUGGACUACUACAAGGAGGCGUGCCGGGCCCUGGAGAACCCCGCCACCGCCUCACUGCUGGGCCGCGUCCAGAAGGACUGGAAGAAGCUGGUGCAGAUGAAGAUCUACUACUUUGCAGCAGUGGCUCAUCUGCACAUGGGAAAGCAGGCCGAGGAGCAGCAGAAGUUCGGGGAGCGGGUGGCCUACUUCCAGAGCGCCCUUGACAAGCUUAAUGAAGCCAUCAAGUUGGCCAAGGGCCAGCCGGACACUGUGCAGGACGCACUUCGCUUCACGAUGGACGUCAUCGGGGGAAAGUAUAAUUCUGCCAAGAAGGACAACGACUUCAUCUACCAUGAGGCUGUGCCAGCCCUGGACACCCUGCAGCCUGUGAAAGGUGCUCCCUUGGUGAAGCCCUUGCCUGUAAACCCCACGGAUCCGGCUGUCACGGGCCCUGACAUCUUUGCCAAACUGGUACCCAUGGCUGCCCACGAGGCCUCGUCACUGUACAGUGAGGAAAAGGCCAAGCUGCUUCGGGAGGUGAUGGCCAAGAUCGAGGACAAGAAUGAGGUCCUGGACCAGUUCAUGGAUUCGAUGCAGCUGGAUCCUGAGACUGUGGACAACCUGGACACAUACAGCCACAUCCCACCCCAGCUCAUGGAGAAGUGUGCAGCGCUUAGCGUGCGGCCUGACACCGUCAAGAACCUCGUCCAAUCCAUGCAGGUGCUAUCGGGCGUGUUCACGGAUGUGGAGGCCUCCCUGAAGGACAUCAGGACCUUGCUAGAGGAGGACGAGCUGCAAGAGCAGAAGCUGCAGGAGGCCACAGGCCAGACUGGGGCCGGCCUGGCCACUGCCAAGGCGGAACUGGCAGAGGUGAGGAAGGAGUGGACCAAGUACAUGGAGGUGCACGAAAAGGCAUCCUUCACCAACAGCGAGCUGCACCGCGCCAUGAACCUGCACGUGGGCAACCUGCGCCUGCUCAGUGGGCCGCUGGACCAGGUCAGGGCUGCCUUGCCCACGCCGGCCCUGACUCCAGAGGACAAGGCUGUGCUGCAGAACCUGAAGCGCAUCCUGGCCAAGGUGCAGGAGAUGCGGGAUCAGCGUGUGUCUCUGGAGCAGCAGCUGCGCGAGCUGAUCCAGAAGGAUGACAUCACUGCUUCCCUGGUGACCACUGACCAUUCAGAGAUGAAGAAACUCUUUGAGGAGCAGCUGAAGAAAUAUGACCAGCUGCGAGUAUACCUAGAACAGAACCUGGCAGCCCAGGACAACGUGCUUCGUGCACUCACCGAUGCCAAUGUGCAGUACGCAGCCGUGCGGCGGGUACUCAGUGACCUGGACCAGAAGUGGAACUCCACACUGCAGACCCUUGUGGCCUCAUACGAAGCCUAUGAGGACCUGAUGAAGAAGUCCCAAGAGGGCAAGGACUUCUAUGCGGACCUGGAGAGCAAAGUAGCCGCCCUGCUGGAACGGGCUCAGUCUGCCUGCCAGGCACGGGAGGCCGCCCGCCAGCAGCUCCUGGACCGAGAGUUGAAAAAGAAGCCGCCCCCACGGCCCACGGCCCCAAAGCCACUGCUGCCCCGCAGGGAGGAGAGCGAGGCUGCGGAGACAGGGGACCUGCCUGAGGAGCUGCGCAGCCUGCCACCUGACAUGGUAGCCGGUCCCCGGCUGCCCGACGCCUUCCUGGGAGCCACUACCCCCCUCCACUUCACACCCGGUCCCUUCGCCAACCCUGCUGUCCCGGGUCCCCACUAUGUCUCAGGCACGCUCCCCCCUGGCACCUACUCAGGCGCCAGCCAGCUGCUGCAGGCCAGGGCCUCAGGGCCCCCUGCCAUGCCCAUGGCACCCUCACCUGUCCUCUACCCGGCCCCUGCCUACACCCCAGAGCUGGGGCUUGUGCCCCGCUCCUCCCCACAGCACAGUGCAGGGAGCAGUCCCUACAGUGCAGUGGGGGCCCCCCCGGCCAUUGCUGGCCUGCCCUCUGCCCCUCCCCCUCAGUUUUCAGGCCCGGAGUUGGCCACAGCAGUUCGGCCAGCCACCACCACGGUAGACAGCGUCCAGGCCCCCAUCUCCAGCCACCUGGCACUGCGGCCCAACCCCAGCGCUGCUCCCCAGCCCUGCUUCCCCUCGCAGCCACCCCCGCCCAUGCCCUACGCAUACACAGUCGGGACCAAGCAGCCCCUUGCAGCGCCCCCAGCUCAGCAUCACUUUUCUCCUGGGGUGCCCACAGGGUUCCUUGCAACACAGGGCCCCAGCAUUGCUCCCCAGCCGCAUCCUUCCAGGGCAGCAUUUGGGCCUCUGCCCCCUCAGCAGCCCCUUCCAUUCCAGCAGCCACACCUCUUCCCACCCCCACCCCCAGCCCCGGGGAUCCUACCCUCCCAGCCCCCCUACCCCUUCCCACCACGCUCUGGCGUCCUUGCGCAGUCGCCGGCCGCCCUGCACACCCAGCUCUACCCAGGCCCCUCCCCAGAAGCCCUGCAGCCCCAGGCAGGGGCCCUGCCCUUCGCCAGCCCAGGGCCCCCCCAGCCUCCCCACCCACCCCUGGCCUAUGGGCCUGCUCCCUCUCCGAGUCCCCUGGGCACCCAGGCAGCCCCACUCCCCAUGCGUGGUCCUCCACCUGCUGGCCAGCCCAGCCCCAGUCCCCACCUGGUGCCUUCACCUGCCCCGUCUCCAGGGCCGGCCCCGGUGCCCUCUCGACCCCCCGCAGCAGAGCCACCUGCAUGCCCACGCCGGGGCAUGGCAGCUGCAGACCUGCUGUCCUCCAGCCCUGAGAGCCAGCAUGGGGGCGCACAGCCUCCUGGGGGCGGGCAGCCCCUGCUGCAGCCGACCAAGGUGGAUGCGGCCGAAGGCCGUCGCCCACAGGCCCUUCGGUUAAUCGAGCGGGACCCCUAUGAGCACCCUGAAAGGCUGGGGCAGUUGCAGCAGGAGCUGGAAGUCUUCCGGGGCCAGCUAGGGGACGCGGGGACACUGGACGCAGUCUGGCGGGAGCUGCAGGAGGCACAGGAACAGGAUGCCCGAGGUCGGUCCAUCGCCAUCGCCCGCUGCUACUCGCUGAAGAACCGGCACCAGGACGUCAUGCCCUACGACAGCAACCGUGUGGUGCUGCGCUCCGGCAAGGACGACUACAUCAACGCUAGCUGUGUGGAGGGGCUGUCACCAUACUGCCCACCCUUAGUGGCCACCCAGGCCCCGCUGCCCGGCACGGCUGCUGACUUCUGGCUCAUGGUUCACGAGCAGAAAGUGUCAGUCAUUGUCAUGCUGGUGUCAGAGGCUGAGGUGGAGAAGCAAAAGGUAGCCCGCUACUUCCCCACGGAGCGCAGCCAGCCCAUGGUGCACGGAGCCCUGAGCUUGGCGCUGAGCAGCGUGCGUACCACGGAGACCCACGUGGAGCGCGUGCUGAGCCUGCAGUUCCGUGACCAGAGCCUCAAGCGCUCCCUCGUGCACCUCCACUUCCCCACCUGGCCAGAACUAGGCCUCCCUGACAGCCCUGGCAACCUGCUUCGCUUCAUCCAGGAGGUGCACACGCAUUACCUGCACCAGCGGCCCCUGCACACGCCCAUCGUCGUGCACUGCAGCUCUGGUGUGGGCCGCACAGGCGCCUUUGCGCUGCUCUACGCCGCCGUGCAGGAGGUGGAGGCUGGGAAUGGCAUCCCUGCGCUGCCCCAGCUGGUGCGCCGCAUGCGGCAGCAGAGGAAGCACAUGCUGCAGGAGAAAUUGCACCUCAGGUUCUGCUACGAGGCGGCGGUGCGGCACGUGGAGCAGGUCCUGCAGCGCCACGGCGUGCCCCCACCCUGCAAGUCCCUGGCCGGUACCAGCACCAGCCAGAAGAACCAGCCGCCUCAGGACUCCCAGGACCUGGUCCUUGGUGGGGACGUGCCCAUCAGCUCCAUCCAAGCCACCAUCGCGAAGCUUAGCAUCCGGCCUGCUGCAGGCAUGGAUUCCCCGGCCACCAUGCAGUCAGGCCCCGCAGAGACCCUGGGCCUGGUGCCUGCGAGCCUCCCCGAGCCUGUACCUGCCCCAUCUUCCCCACCACCCCUCUCCUCACCCCUGCCCGAGGCCCCUCAACCGGAGGAGCAGCAACCGGUGCCUGAAGCCCCCAGUGUGGGGCCCCCGUCCUCCUCCCUGGAGCUGCUGGCUUCCCUGACCCCCGAGGCCUUCUCCCUGGACAGCUCCCUGCGCGGAAAGCAGCGCAUGAGCAAGCAGAGCUUCUUGCAGGCACACAAUGGGCAGGGCCUGCGCUCUGCCCGGGCCCCCGAUGAUCCCCUCAGUCUGCUGGAUCCGCUCUGGACCCUCAACAAGACCUGAGCCGCCUGUGCUGGUUCUCAACACUACAUUAUCCUGUGCCUCAGCCUCACCUGGCCCAGGCUGGCCAAGCACAGUGGCCUCGGCCCAGGCUUUGCUCCUCAGUGGGACCUGGUGUUUUUCAGCUCUUUGCUAUUGAAAUAAACCAACCUAUUCUGUG